CGCCUCAUCAAAUGCCCUUUUCCUGCCAGAACUUCAGCCCAACGCUGGAGAAUCAUCUUGGAUGGGAUGGACUAUGACGUUCCUUGUUUAAAGCGCCCCUGUGAUUCCCUAUCGAUGCCCCCCCCCUUACCUGCUGCGAACCUCACGAGUGCCCCGGAAAAACGUUGUACGAAAAUUCGACUGUCCAGUGUUCACCCGUCACCAUGGAAUCCUCAACUAGACGCGAAGGCGUCGAUGUGAAGGCACUUCCUGUGCUUCUUCACUCUAUGCUAACGCAACCGCCGAGUUCGUCUCCAGUGGCUCUCGCCUACAAUGCACCUUCGUGGACGGAGCUCCUGAUGGCUUGCCAAAGCUCACAAACAAAAGGCGAUGACGCAGGGAACUCAGUUGUUUUCGCUCAGAAAGUGGAAGAGUGUUUGAAGAUCUCGGCGUCGGAGAGCCCAGCAGCCUCAUCUCAAACUUCUGGAUUGGACAAAAAGAACUUAAAGUCCCUUACCAAAGCGACACAGCCGUGGCUACGCACGCGCGGCGAAUACAAAGAAACGGAGCGGGUUCUCUUCAACUCCGAGGUGGAGAAGAAGCCAGGCUACCGAUGCGACAACAAAGCAGCAGUCCAGAUAUCUGCUUCGUUUGAUUUUGGAUCGGGAGUGCCUGGCCCUUCUUCACAAGCGCCACAGUCAGAAUGGAUGGAUGCGACUGCAAAGGACCAUUCGGCCUGGCAACAGAGGCGACUUCAGAUCCUGAAGAGACGCAUGAUCGCAAACAUGGCUGCUUCUGUCGAUGUACCUCCGAACGAAGCACCGACACAGUCCCCCGCCCAAGUGCCGCAGGUCGUGCGGGUAGGCCAGCUCGCCGGAGGAGAAGGCCGGCCUUUCUCCUUUGUCUCCAUGGUUCUCGAUGACGUCGCGGGGAACAGAGAAUCUGUCCAACUUCUCUACACGGAAGAGACGCUCACUCGUCAGCAUAGGCAGUUGAAAGAAUCCGCCAGGCGACGACAAAGCGAGGAUACUUCGACUUACGCGCAGGAGUCACGGACGGCGGCAACUGGAGAGGGAGAGAAUGGUUCCACGCCUGUCUGCAGAGAUGGAAGAACUGAGGAGAUCUGUGCCUACCCAGGCAUGUUAAUAGCGGUGCGUGGUGUCCUUCGAAAGACGGAGUUCGGCACCAAGUUGUCCGUGUCCUCUUUCCAUGGUGGUCCCCCGCUGCCGUCGCCGACGUCUCGUCACGUGCUUUCGGUGCCUCUCGGGCCUGUUUUGAGCCACGAAGGUCUCUCCAAAGAGAGAUGCGAAUCGCGCACCGUUGCCAGUUGCUAUCGAGGAAACCCGGUGCAUAUUAUGCUUGCCUCCGCCCAGAACCUCGUGCCUCUAAAGACGGGCACAAUGUCACGCAACUUGGAGCUAGAUCUACUCCUGGAUCGUGUUCGCGAAGAAGUACCCCAUAUUCUCAUUCUUUUUGGCCCCAUCGUUCCGGCUUCCGCUUUGAUCAGUCUGAGUGUAUCCUCCCCGGCUGCCGUCGCUGGCCUUCCCGACGUGGACUGGACGUACACUGCGUUCUUCAGACAGGUGGCCUCCCGCCUGGCAGGAACGCGAACACGUGUCUUUGUAGUGCCAAGCACUGCAGACGUCGCGCACCCUCAUCCUCUUCCCCAACCCCCCUACUCUUCCGACCUUGUCUCCUCUGACCCUUUCAUUGGCCUUCCCGCUUCAGCUCGACAACAGAUUUCCUUUUUGCCGAACCCCUGUUUCCUCUAUGUCAACGAGCUGCGACUUCUCGUCACUGCUGAAGAUCCUCUCAUGGAAAUCGGAGCGCAGGUGGCCUAUCCGAGCUGCAUCGGUUCUCACCAAGAUUUGAUUGCAGCUUGCUGCUCUUCUCUUCUCCGGCAGCGAACGUUGUUUCCCAGUGGGGCGUCGUCCACGCUUCCAGUUGACCCUAAGCGUUUUCCGCCCCGCAUGUUUGAUGUGGCCGAAGACGGCGAGGACUCCAUCCCGCACAUCGUUGUGUUCCCUUCGGAUGCAAACGUUUCCGGAGGGACCGACCCUUCGCAACAAGGGGCAUUCGCCUGCAUUGCAGACGAGCGCCUGUUUGUUCUCCCGUUCAGUCCUAAGUUGGUACGCGAGGCCUCGGCGCGUGCGGAGUGGACCAGCAUCUACAUCCAGCCUCCACCGGCGAAGGAGGGAAACGAGAGCAUGGAAGCAGACAUUAAAGAUAAGGCGUACGAUGAAACCAUGGGGAGAAAACCCGAAGGCGAAGACGCUCAACCACUCUCUCUGAAGACGCGCGUCACUGUGCGGCAUUCUUCCUAUGCGUUGGCCUAA